GACGUCAGACGGUCCACUCACCAACUCCCAGCCGCACCACGAUGCACUUUGACCUUAAUUUCCCGGUCACUGCAUCUGGAUCCACUUCUCAACCAAAGAAGAAUAAAAACAAACAACCCCAGCAAUCCUCACAGACAGCUUUCACUCCUGCUCAGAUAAAGGGAAUCGAAGCUCGUCUGGACCUUCUUGAACAUUUAGGAUACACUGUGAUUGCGUUUAAUCAAUCUGUGAACAAGAAAAUAGACCCGAAAACUCAUGUCAACAUUCUGGAUGGACUCCUUCAACAGCUGAGGGCAAGGCCAGGGACGGUAUUCUUGAAGCGACUUACAAUCGUUCUCGAUAAUGACAGUGAGAAAGGCUUUGGUCUGACGAACGCAAACACCUCCCUUGUUGAGCCCUACGAUGUAAUUGCUCUCCUGCCAACGACCCCCGCGACAUUUUCACUUGCUUGCCUCACACACAGUCUUCCUUCGCCACUCACUGCACACAUCGUCGCUCUUCCUUUAACGCUCCCCCGACUGCCCUUUCAGUUGAAGCACACGUUGGUCAGAACGGCGAUAAAGAACGGCGCGGUGUUCGAAAUCAACUAUGCAGGAGCCAUCGGUGGUGAAAGUGACGCCAGUUUAUCAACUUUUGGUGUAAGUGAUACUGGUGCAAGUGGCAAACGGAAUUGGUGGGCCGCUGCACGAGAAGUCGUACGGGUGACAAAGGGCAAAGGCAUUAUUGUGAGCGGUGGAGUUGCCUCUGAGGCAGACUACAGAGGACCCAAGGAUAUCGCAAAUUUGCUCACGUUGCUGGACCUGGCACAAAAUUUGGCUCACGAUGCAUCAGUUGCUGCGCCCAAAUCGCUCAUCUUGCGGGCACGUAAGCCAUUCCGUUAAAAACAUUCGUCAGCAGUCUGAUCCCCCUCUUCCUCGUGGAAACCCGAUAGAGGCACGCAAAACCUAUCGAGCGGUCCUAUCAGAACCCAGGUUGGUGAUUCCAGAAACUACUCAGGUGGUGGCUCCCACCCAGCAGACCGGAGAUAGCGAGAAGCGCAACAAUGUAAAUAUCUCAGAAAAAUCGAGUCGAUCUUCUCCGAAUCCUGCCCUAACGCUACCUCAACCAGCGGGAAGCAAGAAGCGGACUUGUGACGAAGUUAGUCUCGAAUCUACGGUAAACGGACAUGUGAACAAAAAAAUCAGAGAAGCUGCUAAUGCCGAGGGCGAGUCCCGAAGAAAAAAGAAGAAAGGGGGAAAUAGAGAGAGAGCUGGUCCAGUCUAGCAGUUGCCACAUGAUUUGUAUUAUCCUACAGAACAUGCCUUGACCCUUCAUCAUAGACAUCUG